CCCUGACAUUGCUAACACAGGCCCAAUUCUUUCUAAGUGUUGUUCCUUCCCUUCAACAGCCAUGGAGGUGUCAGGGGACACCUCUCUCCCCCACCAAACAGGACCGGCUCUUUCAACUACUACUGUUAGAAACCUCACUGUUCCAAUCAUCUUAAUUGUGGCAUAAAAUUCCUGCCACACAAAAAGUGUUGGGAUUGAGAUCAGUUGUUAGAAAGAAAAAGAUAAUGCAUGUUCUAGUUAAUGUCUCAUUGAUUGCUCUGGUUUCCAGAUGUGUCCUGAUGUUCCCAGUGUGUGUUUGCAGACAUCCAACUCUGACCCACUAUGGAAACCAUAACCUGUAAUGGAUCAGAGGACUCUUCACCCAUCUUCUACCUGGUGGGCAUCCCUUCUCUGCCCAAGUCCCUCUUUCUUCCCGUCUUCUUGAUUUUCUUCUUAAUCUACCUGUUCAUCCUGGUGGGUAAUGCCCUGAUCCUGGUGGCUGUGGUGACAGAGCCCAGUCUCCACCAGCCCAUGUACUUCUUCCUGAUCAAUCUCUCAGUCCUGGACAUCCUCUCCACCACAACCACUGUCCCCAAGAUGCUGUCCCUAUUCCUAUUGGGAGACCGCUUCCUCAGCUUCCCUGCAUGCUUCCUGCAGAUGUACCUGUUCCAUGGUCUCAACUGUUCUGAAGCCUUCAUCCUGGUGGUCAUGGCCUAUGACCGCUAUGUGGCUAUCUGCCGCCCACUGCACUACCCUGUCCUCAUGACCCCACAGACCAAUGCAAUGCUGGCGGCCAGUGCCUGGCUCACCGCCCUCCUCCUGCCCAUCCCAGCAGUGGUACAGACCUCCCAGAUGGCAUUUGGUCCUGUGGCCCAGGUCUACCACUGCUUCUGUGACCACCUGGCUGUGGUCCAGGCCUCUUGCUCUGACACCACCGCCCAGACCUUCAUGGGCUUCUGCAUCGCCAUGGUGGUGUCCUUCCUCCCCCUUCUCCUGGUGCUCCUCUCCUACGCCCGCAUCCUGGCCUCAGUGCUUCACAUCAGCUCCCGAGAAGGACGGUCCAAAGCCUUCUCCACCUGCAGCUCCCACCUCCUGGUGGUGGGCACCUACUACUCAUCCAUUGCCAUCGCCUAUGUGGCCUACAGAGCCGACCUGCCCCUUGACUUUCACAUCAUGGGCAAUGUGGUGUUUGCCAUUCUCACACCUGUUCUCAACCCUCUCAUCUACACGCUGAGGAACAAGGAUGUCAAAGCAGCCAUCACCAAGAUCGCAUGUACCCAGGACCCAGGGCGUUCUGGGGCCCUUGAUCCUUAGUUGCAACUAAUUCAGCCCCCAGGGUAAUAAUGACAGCACCUAGCACAGAGUAGGAACCCAGUAAAUAUUUUUAAAUGAAUUACAGCAACUUAAAUUGCUUUCAUUCAGUUGGGCAGACAGCUACAACUUGCUCCUCAAAUACUGGAUCAAAAAGAUUUCCCAGUGGUACUACAGAAUAGUUGUAGGGUUCACAGUUUUCAUCAGUGGUUAAUGCAGUGAAUAAAACUUCAUCAUUCAACCAUUCAUAAAAAUCCUACUGGAUGCUGGAGAUAGAAAUGAACCAGACACAGUUGCUGCCCGGAAGGUAUCUAUCAUCUGGUAGGGGAGUCAGACCCAGAGAA